UCGUAUUGUUUGCCAAUUUUAAGCCUAAACGAGACUACAAAUCCAGAGAUGUGAGGCCACUAUAUUUUUUAAUAUUAAAUUGCAAAUGUCCAUCUCCAAGAUAUGGAGAAAUGUACCCAUUGUACAUGGUAUUCUUGGUAGAAGGUACAAGCCUCCAAUUUUGGCUCCAAACAGUGCAAAAAGUACCUCAGUCAUUUGUACAUUAAUCAGAAAACUAUGUUCUGAUGAAACAGGAUAUCCCCUAGAGUUGAAUCCAUGGCCAACAUAUAUAGAGGAAAGAAUCAAGUUGUUUGACAAGCUAAAAGCUGAUUAUGAUGCUGAGGUUGCAGGCAAGGAGAGGUUCCCAAUCAAGGUGACAUUGCCUGAUGGAAAGGAAGUUGAUGGAAACGCUUGGGAAACCACCCCAUAUCAGAUUGCUGCAGGCAUAAGCCAAGGCCUUGCGGACAAUUGUGUUGUCGCAAAGGUCAAUGGGGAGGUCUGGGAUCUAGAUAGACCGUUUGAGCAGAACAGUACUUUGCAGCUGCUUAAGUUUGAUGACCCAGAGGGCAAAGCUGUUUACUGGCAUUCAACAGCUCACAUCCUUGGAGAGGCCAUGGAAAGACAUUAUGGUGGAUGUUUGUGCUAUGGUCCACCAAUUGAAGAAGGAUUCUUCUACGACAUGUUCCUGGAAGGAAGGCAGGUAUCCAGUAGUGAUUUUGGAAGUUUAGAAACUGUAAUGAAAUCCGCAGUCAAAGAAAAGCAACCAUUUGUUCGUUUAGAAAUGAAGAAAGAAGAUCUCUUGAAAAUGUUUGAGUACAACGAAUUCAAAUGCAGAAUCUUACGAGAAAAAGUGAAAACACCGACAACAACUGUAUAUAGGUGCGGGCCCUUGAUCGAUCUUUGCCGAGGGCCACACGUAAGGCAUACUGGGAAGAUUAAGUCUCUAGCACUCACCAAGAAUUCUGCUACCUAUUGGGAAGGUAACUGCGAAGCCGAAUCAUUACAAAGGAUUUACGGAAUAGCAUUUCCGAACGAGAAACAGAUGAAAGAAUGGAAGCAUUUUCAGGAAGAAGCUGCUAAAAGAGACCAUCGGAAAAUUGGGAGGGACCAAGAACUUUUCUUCUUCCAUGACGUCAGCCCAGGAAGCUGUUUCUUCCAGCCCAAUGGUGCAUUCAUUUACAACACUCUAGUAGAAUUUAUCAAGUCUGAGUACAAGAAACGUGGCUUUAAAGAAGUUAUAACACCAAAUAUUUACAGCACUCGACUAUGGGAAACUUCAGGUCACUGGCAGCAUUACUCGACCAACAUGUUCUCAUUCGAAGUUGAGAAAGAGAUGUAUGCAUUAAAGCCAAUGAACUGCCCCGGGCACUGUAUGAUGUUUGAUCACCGUCCUCGUUCGUGGCGUGAGCUCCCGCUUCGCAUGGCUGACUUUGGUGUCUUGCACCGGAACGAACUCUCCGGCACAUUGACCGGACUUACUCGUGUUCGUAGAUUCCAGCAGGAUGAUGCACACAUAUUUUGCACCAUGGAACAAGUUCGCGCUGAGAUGAAAGGCUGUCUGGAAUUCCUGCAAGCCGUAUACAGCGUAUUUGGGUUCACGUUCAAACUGAACCUCUCCACCCGGCCUGACAAGUAUAUUGGAGAUCCAUCCACCUGGGACAAAGCAGAGAAGGAACUUGAAAAUGCAUUGAAUGAUUUUGGCCACAAAUGGGAACUCAAUCCAGGAGAUGGAGCAUUUUAUGGACCAAAGAUUGACAUCCAGAUUCAAGAUGCACUAAGAAGAUACCAUCAAUGUGCAACAAUCCAGCUAGAUUUUAAUCUGCCGGAAAGAUUCAAGUUAACUUACGUCAGUGGUGAAGGGGACGAAAAGAAGAGACCAGUUAUUAUACACAGGGCCAUUCUUGGAUCCGUUGAACGAAUGAUUGCCAUUUUGACGGAAAACUAUGGUGGAAAAUGGCCAUUCUGGUUAUCCCCACGCCAAGCUAUUGUCAUUCCAGUGAGCUCAAAAUAUGAUGAAUAUGCUGCUGAGGUCUGUGGAAAGAUAAAGGACGAAGAUUUUAUGAUUGAUGCAAAUUAUGACCCAGGAGAGACACUCAACAAAAAAAUCAGAAACGCGCAACUUGCACAGUACAACUUUAUUUUGGUUGUUGGUGAGAAAGAAAAGGAAUCUGGAACAGUGAAUGUAAGAACCCGCGACAACAAAGUACACGGAGAAAAGAGCAUUCAGGCCAUUAUAGAACGUUUCGCGGCGCUUAGAAGUGAAAAACUAGCAGACAGUGAAGAGCCUUUUUGAAUUCAAGAACACUCCAUGGUAACAAUAGUUUAGGCAUGUAAAACCAAUUCAAUCUAGUUGCAAAUUGCAAAUUUGAUACAGCUUA